AUGUUGCCCCCCCAGGACCACGUCUUCCUGUUCGGCGCCUCGGCUUGGCAGCUGCCCGGGUGGAGGGAGAUCCUGGCCCCUGCGGUCAUCCUCGCCGUGGAGUCUUACCCCAUCGAGUGCUCCAGCUCCGACGACCUCUGCUGGCACUGCCGGGACUGCUUCCAGCCCUGGAAGGACCUCGUGGUCCCGCCAGUCACGCCACUGGCCCAGGUUAAGAGGCUGCUGGCGAACUCGCGCCCAGUCGGAGACAGGACGAUCGUGAUGGCGUGGCACGGGCAGCACGCCAAUUCGUCCGACGCCGACGUCAGGAGGGCGUACAGGGUGACCAACGAGACGGUCCGCCUGUCUCUGCUCGAGCUCGCGGGCCUGCCGAACGUGUCCCUGGGAGGCCCGGUCCCGAGCUACGCGGCCAUCAUGGGGAACUCGCACUUCUGCCUCUGCCCGAAGGGGGCCAGCUCCUACACCUCCCGGGUCUUCGAGGCGCUGUUCUCGGGGUGCGUGCCCGUGAUAUUGUCGGACGAUCUCCGCUUCCCCUUCUCGGCGGCGCGCCGAGGGGGGGAGUGA